AUGGAUUCGUCGGCGGCACAAUUUCACGGGCGCGUUGGCGCGAAAACGCGAGUGUUAGAAUCUAAUAGAACUUCAAAGGGCCGACGAUUUCGCCACAAUUCUAUCAGCUUAGCGCGAUAUCCCCGGCAUUACGCGUAUAAAAUGCGGUUAUCGCGUACCCCCGCUCUCGGGGAGCGCACGAAGGGAGGAGUGGUGCCCUCCUACUGUAGAACCCCACUCGUGGUGCAGCCGAAAAAAUACUUCGAGUACACCGACGGCUCUCCGUCCCGGGUGCAGUGGGGCGCCUUGCGAAGCGCG